AAAAGAAAAAAAAAAAAAAAUGGGAUUAAGUAGAGACGAACUCAUAUAUAUGUCUAAAAUCGCUGAAUAAACUGAACGAUUCGAGGACAUGUUAGACUACAUGAAACAAGUAGUAUUAACCGGAUAAGACCUAUCAGUAGAAGAAAGAAAUCUAUUAUCAGUUGCUUACAAAAAUACUGUAGGAUCAAGAAGAUCUGCAUGGAGAAGUAUAUCAGCAAUCUAACAAAAAGAAGAAUAGAAAGGAUCGAAGCAUUUAAAUUUAUUAACAAAUUAAAAGAAAAAAAUUGAAACUGAAUUAAGUAAAUAUUGCAAUGAUAUUCUUGACUUAUUAACAUCUCAUUUAGUUAAAAAUUCAUAAAAUUCAGAAGCUAAAGUUUUCUUCUUAAAAAUGAAAGGAGAUUACUACAGAUAUAUUGCUGAAUAUGCCACUGGAGAUGAACAUAAAAAAGCCGCAGAUGGAGCUUUGGAAAGUUAUACUAAGGCUUCUGAGACUGGAACUGCUGAACUUUCAACUACUCACCCCAUAAGAUUGGGCUUAGCUUUAAAUUUCUCCGUUUUUUAUUAUGAAGUGUUAAAUGAUCCAUCUAAAGCUUGCAAUUUAGCAAAAACUGCUUUCGAUGAUGCUAUUGGAGAUAUUGAAAGUAUACAAGAAGAUUAGUAUAAAGAUGCAACUACUAUUAUGUAGCUUAUUAGAGAUAAUUUAACUUUAUGGACUUCUGAAUUUUAGGAUGAUGCAGAAGAAUAAUAAGAAUGAAGAAACUAAUGAUUUUUUUUUAAAUAAUUUUUUUUUAUUUUAAUAAAUAUUUUUAUUAUCUUUAACUGCUAAAGAAGAAGAGAAAAAAUAAAAAUAUAUAAUAUAUAUUAAUUUUAAAAAUGGAAUAUUAUUAUUAUUAAUAUAAUUUUUUUUAAAAAUCCUG